AUGAGCGACUUGCCAUCGCUCGAGAGAGACGGACGGCACACCAAGCGAGAGCGCUUAGCGUUCGCGAUCGAGCGCGACAUCCUCGACAUCGCCCGCGACAGUGCGUCGACCGUUGCCGACGCUGACGAGGCAGCGAUCAAGCCCCUUCUCAUGGACACCUUGUUCUCAAGCGCGACGAAAGUGGUCGACAUCCCUGGGUUCCUCUUGUGCUGCUAUCUACCCGGCGCCCCGACGGCCGAGACCAUCAAGUCCGUUCUCGCGCACCUCGAGAUGGAGGGCCAAGAUGUGACAGCCCUCACAGAAUUUGACGAGUUGAUCGACAAGAGAGACGAUCGGAAGCGUGACGCACAAGCCUGCCGCAAUCAUCAGCGCGACGUCAACUGCAUCGUGCGGCGCAUCGUCGACGCCAUGGCUGGUGAGGCAAUGACGGACCAGCCCGGCAGCAUCCAGGAAGUGCUCCGCGACUUCGUCUUCGGGGACACGGGCAGCGUACGUCGCGACACGGGCGCCAUUGUUUUGGCCAACUCGCUCACCCGCGGUCAGGCAGCGCGUUGGGCGGCGCGAUUGAAGGUGCUACAGAGCGUCGUGCGCCAUUUCCAGAUCAAGUACCCGUUAUGGACAGCUUGGCACGAUGCCAAUGGUGAAGCGCCGUCGCCGCGCCCAUCACCACCUCCGCCCGCGCAGCAAGCAGAACCAACCUUAUUGACGCGCAAGCGGAAGAAGCCCGCCGUCGUCUCGACGCAAACGGCGACAACGCCAGCUGACGUUAUCGACCUCACCUCAUGGUCCGACGACGCUGUACUCAGCCCGCCAGCAUUGCCCCGCAAGGUGCACCGGUACUGCGCCGACGUAGUGCCACAGGUCGAGGUGCAUCUUCUCCUCGAGAACCUCGGCCAAGAUGCUGGCGACGACAUCGCUGUCGUCGAUGUUGCCUUCAAAUGCCAGCGGAGCUUUGUGUACCAGUAG